UUUGCACAGUCGUCACUCGUAACUGCUAGAAAUGAUGAAAUAUUAAGAAACAAACUCGACUGACGAGUGACUAAGAUAUCUAUUUAUAUACAUAUAUGUUUAUAUAUAGCCUAUAUAUGUAACUUGGAAUUCUUCUCGCAGCGCUAAAGCGUUUGACGCGGACUCGAUGUACAAACUUUAAAACACCCGUCUAACGUCCCCGUUAACGUUAGCACUAGCCGAAGCAUCUUGGAAGGAGGAAAAGGGGCGUGCGAGCAUCAGGACAACCGACUGAACUCAACUCUGUUUUCAGUAUGCGGCGCCGGCAUCGGGGAUCCCAUCUGGGCCUGAUGCUCCUGGCCUCCCAGGUGUUUCAGAUGGGUCUGGACAACAUCCCCCCAGUCACUCUGGCCGUCCUGGGACUCAACGUGUACCUCUACCUGUUCCCUGCAGCUCCACUGAUGCAGGCCUGUGUGAGCGUCCAACAGGCAUACUGGUUCAAAGACUGGCGCCGCCUUCUGCUGUCCCCGCUGCACCAUGUGGAUGAUUGGCACCUCUACUUCAACAUGUUGUCCUUCCUCUGGAAAGGCACCAAGCUGGAGCAACGGCUGGGCGGGCCCUGGUUCCUCUACCUGCUGUCAGUCUUCUCUCUGCUCACAGGAUUGGUCUAUCUGGUGUUGGAGGCCGUGUUGACAGAGCUCACCCAGGACCAGUCCUACAGCAUGGCCUGUGCUGUUGGCUUCUCAGGUGUCCUAUUUGCUCUGAAGGUGCUCAGUCACCAUUACCACCCAGGAGGUGUGAGCUACGUGAUGGGGUUCCCUGUAUCCAAUCGCUAUGUUAGCUGGGUGGAGCUAGUGCUGAUCCACAUAACAUCACCCGGGACCUCUUUUGUGGGCCACCUGGCGGGUAUCCUGGUGGGUCUGCUCUACACUGCCGGACCACUGAAGGCUGUCAUGAAGAAAUGUGCAGGCUUUGUGACAUCGAAUGGAUACGACUCCCGCUCCAAUGCGUACUACAGCUCUUCCGGAUACUCUGGUUACCAUCAGUCUCCACCAGAAUACACAACAAAUCCUCCAACGCCUUCCUCGGGUGGACUGACGGAGGAGGAGCAGUUGGAGGCAGCUAUCAGAAACAGCCUGAAUGAUGGAGGACAACCCAGCCAGAGAGCUCCUGCUCCUUAUGGCUUCCAGCGCCCUCAGGAGUUGACGGCUGAGGACAUCAGGUUGAGGAGACUUAGGAGGUUCGACAGAUGAAGGGCCAGCCCAGCGGAGGGGAAGAAGACGGUGCUGUAGGUGCCAAGAGAAGAGCUCCCUCCUGAAGCCUGCGCCAAAAUUCUGCUUCACAGGCUGAGGAAGAGCAGCCCCCAUAUGAGAAGGUCCAGCCACAGUCUGACACUUUGACCGCUCUCCUGUUGUGCCUCUUUACCAAAGAGCUAAUGGCAGCUAUGGAAAGCUAAAGGGGUUAGGGGUUAGGGGUUAGGGUUAAAGACUCAGGGCUGAUGAGCAGGUUGUGUUUGGGACACUCGUUUUGAUUUCCUGUUGUCGCACCACUUGAGGGGGCUAGUUUCCCUUUUCUCCAACCAAGCCACAUCAAACCAAGUGUAUCUAAACUCUGUAUUUUAAUUAGUCAAACCUGGUCUUCAGAGAUUUAACGGUUAUGUUGCAACUUUGUAAAACUUUUUUCGUCCUUUUUUUUUAUAUCAGGAAAAUCUCCAUCUAGCCCACGUACAACCAGGUCCAGCUCGACCAUGAUACUCCAGACUGGUCAAACCCGCACUAGCUUGUGUCCAGUUUUGUAUUUAUUUCUUAGCUGCGAAAUUGUAUUUGAUGAGAGAUGGGUUUGCCAAUAAAAAUAUUUGUUUGUCUUUUCAGUGAGAUGUUUAAAUCGAACCCAAACACCAUUUGCUUUGGGCCGUGCGUCUCCGCUGAGCAGCGCUAAACGAGUUAUGGAGCAAAUAAAUCACCCCAUAACUUAUGAUGCCUCAUAUUACUUCUAUUACUUAUUUCACAAUGCAUCGUUAUUAGGAAAGCAUUUCGCAACAUGCCAACUUUUUCUUUUUUGCGACUACUACUUUGAACUUGUGUGUUCAGCGCUCCACGGUUUACACGCUGCCCCCAAAGUACACAACAUUUACAGACAGACUGGGGAUAUUGUGUGUUUAUACAUAUAUAUUUUUGUACUUUACCAAUAAAAGAGGUGGAAACAACACGUAAAGGUG